AACAAAGAGUCAGCCGAGUCUGCUCUGCUGCUCCAUCGGAUCUCCCGCGCGCCAAACCAUGCCGACGCAGCAAGCAUGUUCUGCUGCGGCAGCAUUGAGAUCGCGGCGGCCUUCCCCUGCAUCCACGACGACGACCUCCCGGCAGCUGCGGCUGCGUCCGCCUCGUGCCGCCACCGCGGGCGUGCGGCUGACGGUGUCGGACGCGGAGCUGGAGUCCCGCGGGUUCGCUGUGCGGCGCACGGCGGAGGGCAUCGACGUGGCGGCGCUGAACGAGGUGUUCGUGCGCGUGGGCUUCCCGCGGCGUCAGGAGGAGCGGCUGCGGCGCGCGCUGGAGCACAGCCGUGUGGUGUGGCUGUCGGCCGGGGAGGAGGAAGGGCGGCCCGUGGCGUUCGCGCGCGCGGCCGGGGACGGCGUGUUCAACGCCGUGGUGUGGGACGUGGUGGUGGAGCCGUCGAGCCAGGGCCUCGGGCUGGGACGCGCCGUCAUGGAGCGCCUCGUCGACGAGCUGCGGCGCGACGGCGUGGCCAACAUCGUGCUCUACGCCGAGACGCGCGUGGUGGGGUUCUACCGCCUGCUGGACUUCGCCAUGGACCCCGACGGCAUCAGGGGGAUGGCAUACUACCGCAAGUCCACUACUACCGCCGCUUGAUUCGUCUCGUCUGUCUUGAACUCAUUCAUCAAUGAAGGAAGUCGAUCGAAUUCCCU